AUGGCUCUCCCGCCCAAAUUCGCCGCCCAUAGGAUCGUCUUCGGCAAGCCCACCUCACCCUACGCUUCCGUACCUCCCGCCGCCCACGUCCUCGAAGUCUUUCUCGACUAUACCUGCCCCUUCUCAGCCAAAUUCUUCAAAACCCUCACCGGCACGGUCUUCCCCCUAAUCCACUCCAACCCCACCUACUCCUCCAACCUCGAAGUCAUCUUCCGACAGCAAGUCCAGCCCUGGCACCCCUCAAGUACCCUCCUGCACGAAGCCGCCGUCGUCGUCAACCAGCAGUCCCCCGACAAGUUCUGGGUCUUCAGCGAAGCUCUCUUCUCCCGCGCCACGGAAUUCUACGACGUCAACGUCGUCAACGAGACGCGCAACCAGACCUACGGCCGCUUGGCCAAGAUCGCCGCCGGCGUGGGGCUGGACGAGAACAGCGUGCUCGAGGCGCUGAGGAUUCCGUCGGAGCCGGUGGAGGGGCAGCUCAAUUCGGGGAAUAAGGCUACGGGGGAUUUGAAGGUUUUGGUGAAGAUGGCGAGGUUGACGGGUGUGCAUGUUAGUCCGACGGUGAUUUAUGAUGGGGUUGUGCAGAAUGAUGUUAGUUCGGGAUGGGGAGAGGAGCAGUGGAAGGAGUGGCUGGCUAAGAAUGUUGUCUAG